AUUGCAGAAUCUAUAUAUACAUUUAGGGUUUAAAAAUCGAUUUUUAAUCGAACCCUGAUCAUGACAUACAACAAUAUCCUCGAACUCUUCGCAGCUACCUUGGAUUUGCAGUUUUAGUUUGAUUUCAAUUCAGAUUCCAGUGUAUAAGUAGAGCAAUCACGUACUAAGUUCACAGUUUGUGAUUUCAAGCAAGGGUUUUGAAGGAUUGAGUAAUGGGGGAUGAAAAAUCACCGAUUAGCAGAGAAAGAGAUCGGGAGCUUCUUAUACCCGUUGCCAACUCCGUUGAUGAUGACGCCGCUUCUUCAAAACCCUCUUGUUCUUCAACUUCAUCUUCUAAUCACGCUGGUCGUGAGACAUUCGUCAAAGUUGUCAGGAGCUGGGCUUCUAAAAAGUUUAUGACGGGAUGUGUCAUCUUAUUACCGAUGGCUAUUACCUUCUACAUUACAUGGUGGUUUAUACAUUUUGUUGACGGAUUCUUCUCUCCAAUCUAUGAUCAACUGGGUAUAGAUAUAUUUGGUCUGGGGUUUAUAACCUCGAUAACUUUCAUAUUCUUGAUCGGGGUAUUCAUGUCGUCAUGGUUGGGUGCGUCGGUUCUGAGCCUCGGAGAAUGGUGCAUCAAACGUAUGCCAUUUGUUCGUCAUAUUUACAAUGCCUCCAAGCAGAUCAGUGCGGCCAUUAAUCCAGAUCAAAACACACAAGCCUUCAAGGAAGUCGCGAUAAUUAGACAUCCUCGUAUUGGCGAAUACGCAUUUGGGUUUAUUACUUCAUCAGUCAUUCUCCAGAAUUAUACGGGAGAUGAGGAGCUAUACACGGUGUAUGUCCCAACGAACCAUCUUUACAUCGGCGACAUAUUCUUGGUGAAUUCAAAAGACGUUAUGAGGCCGAAUUUAUCCGUUCGUGAAGGAAUCGAAAUAGUGGUAUCUGGGGGGAUGUCGAUGCCACAGAUACUCUCCACACUGGAUUCAAACAACAAAACAAGCUCCUCAGAGGAAAUGUCAAGAUACUAAUCAAGAUUGAAAAUGCUACUACCAUUCUUUUUUUCCCAUUUAUAGUGUUUGUUAUAGAGGAAGAACAAAGCACUUGGUAAAUAGAUUUGUACCUGAGGGGCCGUUUACUCAAAUAUUUAUCCGAUAAGCACUUAUCGAUAGGAGUCUAA